CGCCUAAGCUGGAUCCAGUACAUAGCAUCCAAAAGAGCGCGGUUUGGCAUCAAAUUCUACAUGCUCUGCGAGUCAUCCACCGGGUACAUCUGGAAUUCGGUCAUUUACACUGGUAAAGGCACGCAGUUCAACCCCAGGUACAGCGACUAUGGGAUGGCCACAUCAUCUGUCCUUACACUGCUGGAGCCGUUGCUGAACCAGGGAUAUUGUGUGACCACGGACAACUUUUACACGUCUCUGGAACUGUAUGAGGUUUUGAUAAAAAACAAGACCGAUGCUUAUGGUACAGUCAAGUCUAAUCGACGUGGCAUGCCAUCUACGUUUGCCAAGAAACAACUCAAAACCGGAGAAAUAAUUGCCUGGCAAAAGGGUAAGAUGAUGGCAAUGCGAUGGCGAGACAAGAAGGACGUGUGUCUCAUGAGCACUGUGCAUAAUUUGUCCACUGGCAUGGUCCACACAAGAGGUGGGAAAGAUGAGCUGAAGCCGCAACUCGUGAUAGACUAUAAUAACACCAUGGGAGGUGUGGACAGAGCCGAUCAGACAAUGACAUUUUAUCCGGCUAUGCGCAAACAACAAAAAAAAUAUUAUCAGAAGAUAUUAAGGCAUCUUCUUGAACAAUGCCUUUGGAACUCAUACAUCCUUCACAGAGCAAAGAGUGACAAGCCUCUUAUUCAUUCUGAGUUUAUCUGGAAGGUGGCUGAGCAGAUUUUUAUCAACUACCAAACGCCAUCAGUAGCCAUGAACAGAUCUGGACAUCGUGCUGUUGACGUCAAUCCAGAACGCCUGACUGGUCGCCAUUUCAUGGACUACUUCCCGCCAACCACAAAAAAGGCAGCACCUACC